UGAUGAUACAGCAGUAAUCACACUAGUUUCAGGACCACCGGUCGAGUGACGACUCUCUCUGCCUUCGAUUAAAAUGCCUGGGGGGCGUGUUCAUGGAGCAGCAGCGCCCCCUGCGGUGUUCACUGGAAACACUCACGGGUCAGAUGAUCCGAGCUACAUUGUAAAUAGUCAGCGGCGAUCCUCCACUGGGGCCAUGCCUUCAUAGACUCUUUAAAUCACCUCCAACAGAGCAGAUAUCCACACUCGGAGACUCCUUAUCUUCUGACACCAGCUCUGUAGCUGUUUCGGGUCAUUUCGGUGUGUUAAAGUGUUUGUAAAGUAUGUACCGGUCUCUGUACGCUUUCCGAUCCGCGGAGCCCAACUCGCUGCACUUCGCGGCCGGAGAAAGCUUCCUAAUCCUGGAGAGGAGCAACAAACACUGGUGGCUGGGGUCCCGCUGCAGCUCGGGGGAAACCGGGUACAUCCCAUCAUCAUACAUCGAGAAAAUACAGGCUCCAGAGCAGGAUGAGGUGUUGCAGUCUAUUGACAGAGCAAUCGAAGGAAUCCACAAUGUGGCCUUAAAGAACGGAGGCAAAUACAACCUGGAGCAGAGAGAUGUUCUACAAAAGUUGAUCCAUCACAGAAAGGAGACGCUCGCACGACGAAGUUCAUCGUCCCCCGCCAACAAACAAGGCCUCCCAUCUUCCAGCAGUGAAAUAUCUCUCAGUCAAACUCCUCCUCCACCCAACGGCCUUAACCGAGAGUAUGGACGACAGGGGAGCGUGCCGCUGUCAGGAAGCAUGGACAGUAUGCAGGUAGAACAGAGCUUUUAUCAGGUGCCUCCUCAACCUCGACGUGCGGCCCCGAUCACCCCACCUCCCCCCGAGAAACAGCGAAACAGCCGGCGUCCAGAGCCGGAGGUCCCCUCCAGAACGUCCUCUCUCCCUCCGUCCCCUGCCACCUCCCUCUCGAUCAGCACCACCUCUUUAGAGUCCGGCUCCUCCCACUCACCGGUCUCCUCUGAGGUCAGCAUACCAAGUGUUUCCAGCACCCCCCCUCCUCCUGUGCCAUCCCGUGUGAAGCCCACUGCACCGCCGCCUCCCUCCAACUCCCCUCCUCAGCCCGCUCCCUCAAAGAAGAGCCCGGCUCCACAGCCUCCCCAGCCCACCCCUCCUCCCUCGCAGCCCGCUGUGGUGGAGCAGCCAGAGAGUGAAUGGCCUGUUGCCCCCCCGUCUGUCGCUGAAAGCCCUCCUGGCAGCCCCACUACCUCUGAGCCGGUUCCCAUGACUAUCGGGGCUGAACUGAUCGAGCUGGUGCGGAAGAACACUGGCCUGAGUUAUGAGCUGUCCAGGGUCGCCGUGGGCGUGGUGGUCGGCCAUCUGCAGACGGCCUUACCUCAGGCCUCCUCUGAUUUGGAGCAAGUUCUCCUCUCGCUGGUGGAGAGCAAGGAUCUGAGUGCAGCGCUGCCGCAGGGCCAGGUGUGUCACGAUGAACAGAGGCUGGAGGUGAUCUUCAGCGACCUCACUCGCCAUCGGGACGAUUCUCAGCAGCGGAGCUGGGCGCUUCAUGAAGACCACGCUCUCAUCGCCUGCUACCUUGAGGAGUUGCUGAAGAUUCUGACUGAUGCAGAUCCAGAGGUGUGCAAGAGGAUGUGCAAGGCCAACGACUAUGAGAACGUGCUGUCUCAGGUUUCAUACUAUCAGAUGGAGCAUCGUGUGUCUCUGAGACUGCUGCUGCUCAAAGUGUUCGGGGCCAUGUGCAGCCUGGAUGCUUCUCUCAUCUCAACCCUCCUCAACUCCAUCCUCCCCAUGGAGCUGGCCAGGGACCUACAGACUGACACGCAAGAGCACCAGAAGAUGUGUUACACAGCUUUGGUUCUUACUAUGAUCUUCUCAAUGGGCGAACAGGUGCCAUAUCAUCACUACGAACACUUAAAUGCUGACUUUGUCCAGUUUCUGCUGGGUGUGGUGGAGGACGGGCUUCCCUCUGAUCCCACAGAACAGCUGCCUGACAUCUUCCUCAACCUCCUGCUGGCCUUCAACCUGCACCACACAACACCCAGCAGCAAUGUGAUCAUGCAGGAGCUGAAGAAGAAAAAUGUCAAGAUCCUGUCAGAGAAAGUGCUGCUGCUUCUCAACAGAGGCGACGACCCUGUGUGUAUGUUCAAACACACCCCACCUGCACCGCACUCAGUGCUCAAGUUUCUGCAGGAUGUUUUCGCCAACCGAGAGACCGCCGACAUCUUCUACCGCACUGACAUGAUGGUGAUGAUCGACAUUGCCGUUAGACAGAUAUCUGACCUUUCACCUGGAGACAAGCUGAGGAUGGAGUACCUCUCCCUCAUGCACUCCAUUAUUCGCUCGACGGACUACCUCGAGCACCAGCACCGCCUGUCUGACCUGCAGGGGGUGCUGCAGAGGAUUCUCAGGGAGGAGGAAGAUCCAGGAGAGGAUGAAGGGAGCGCCACAGCGAAACAAAUGGAUAAGCUAAUCGUACAGCAGAUCUACAAGGAGUUCCCACAGAUCUGUGAGAACCAGGACUAACCAUAUCAGUAUCACGCUCACACACUGUAGUCUGCUCCCAUCUGCUGCAGGGAGGUACAAUAAAGCUUGAAAGAGGAAGACCUGGCGUUUGAUGGGACGUCCUGUAUUCUGUGCCAGCCUGUGCUGAGAGAAGCUAAUCAAAGUUUGCCAAUGUUUUCUUGGACUUGUAGUCCAGAGCUGCAGCAUGCAUGUGAUGUUGAUUUCAGAGAUUUACCUUGUUUUUCACAGCUUUUCCCUUCUCAAUUGAUUUUUUUUCUUUUGUUCUUCAAGGAGGGAAAAUACGACAAAUGCACAAAAACACUUUUAGGUUUCGUCAAACUUGGAGAUUAAAAGUAGCCAAAAUAUAGACCAAACCUUGGAGCUGUCUCACAGUGAAUUCCCAGCAAUAAUAACCUUAAAAACAUACACGAUGUAGCUGUAUGUGCUCACAGUAUUAUGAAUUUAAAGUAAUAGCAAUCCCAACUAAAGCUUAUUCUAACCAAAACAUCUUUAACCAAAUUUUCUUUAGAGCAAAUAAAAGGUCGUGAGUGACAGAUCUGAAGUCGUGUUACAGAUAAAGGUGCCAUUAUUUGAACUGUUGUGAGAAUACUUUAUGUGCUUCCCUUGUAGUGGGACCAAACUACUGUGUGUUACUGCAAGCAUUAUGUCCUUAAUAGAGUAUAAUACUCUUAAAAAAAGCUGACUUCCUGUUUCAUUCACCCCCUCAUUCAGUAUGUUUAGAGCCGAAGUCGAGUAGAGCGAGCUGAACGAGUUUACUGUUUUAGUGAGGAGGAAAAAAAGCACACUCUGACUGGUGUGUUGUCAUUACCAAGCCUUUAGCUGAGCAACCUGCUGCUACAUAUUGAGUCUCUCCUGUGUUCUCAGUCUGGUACUCUUCUCUCUUUACUGCUUUUCAAACACAUCGAGAUGUUUGCUCUGUACUUACAUAUGCAAAGCUCCGCAAGCAUCAACUGUUUACAGAUUAAUGUCUGUUCUCUGCGUUCACAUUCAAACUAACUGUGCUGCAAUAACGCUUUCUACAGCAACCUGUAGUAUCGCUGUAACAUACUGAGUCUUGGCUUUCUGGAGGGGAAAUGUUCUGCAGUUAUUACUUAAGAUAAUACAUUAGUCAGUGUUGUUGAUUUCCACUUAUUAUUUGAUGCUCCUACUGAAAGUCAAUGGAGAGGGAAUACAGGGCAUUUCUUUUAUCUCCUCGUGGUUUUAAUACUUUAACAGCAACAUGUACUUUUCCUUGUUUCCACCCCUGUGAUGUCGUGAUCAAUGUUCUCCCAUCUUACACUUUAACAUAUCUGUUUUUGUCCCUGGCAUGGCCUCCCCGUCUGGAGAUGGUAGAAUCCAGAAGUGGUAUCAGUUUUUAGUUGAUGUCCGAGUGUUCGUUCAUUGAUUCUCUGUGUGUCUGUUUACAGCGUGUGUGUGAGAGAGGUGAGCGUCUCUUCUUUCCAGGAUUAACAUUGUCUGCAAAAGUGCUGCGACCAUGUUAUAAUAAAACUAAUAAAGCUAUAUUUUAACA